UUAGUUCUCAGAAACGGGAGUGUCUGAGAGAAUCAACUAUCAAUCAGUUGGUAAAGUUUCUAACCCCCCCCCAAAAAAAAAAAAAACAGUUGGAAAAGUAAGUGGAGAUGCAAACAUUAUCAUCUUUGACAUCUUGUCCACUGAGUUUAAGAGUGAGAGCUUCUUGGGAUACUCAACAGAUGGUUCCUUACAAUCCCAACGCCCCCAGAAAGCCGCCCAAGAAAACCCCUCCUCCGCCACCACCAACUAUCACCUUAACUGCCUCAACCGCCCGCAUGAUCGAUUCCAUUUCUCAACUUCUCAAACGCCACCCUCCAGGGGAAGUGGAAAAAAUGGAUGAUACCUAUUUGGGCUUUGACCGAUGGUUGCCUAGUCCACCUAAAGUACAAAAGCCUCGAUCCAUGUUCAAUGCAGCGGCAUUGGCAUAUCUUGGUGAUUGCAUUUACGAACUAUAUGCCCGCAGGCACUUCUUGUUCCCUCCCUUGAGUAUUGAAGAAUACAAUGUUCGUGUCACGGCAGUCGUAUGUUGUGAAGCACAAGAUGCUUUGCUCCAGAAACUUAUAAGUGAUAAUUACUUAUCAGAACAAGAAAGGAAUAUUCUUCGGUGGGGAAAGAAUAUUGGCUCGGCUAAAACACGAACAAAAAAGCGUGCUGGUACAGCAGUUUACAAUAGAGCGUCUUCACUGGAAACAUUAAUCGGUUAUCUCUACCUGACAAACAUGAAGCGUUUGGAAGAGAUCAUGGUAAAGAUCGGAUUCUCAACAGACUCCUCAAUGCAGCUGAUUUUGGAGGAAGUUAACGGCAAAAGAACAAUAGUCCCUUAAGAUGGCACUGAGCUAAGACUUUCAUAAGGUAUAGGUCAAGCCUUUUGUUUCCUCUCCUGGUGUAAGUGUUCUAAGUAGUUCUAAGUUAUUUACUUGUGUAUCUUUUAGUUUAUACAAAAUAUAUUAAAGAAAAUUUCAAGCCCACUACACCUCUCACGUGCUCUUAGCAAUUGUUUUGUUUCACUUGCAAAGCCGAGGCCCUCGCAUGACGUAUAGUGUCUCAGUUGCUUAAUACAAGGCUUAUGCCUGCUUUCAUCAUGUAAUGUGAGGAUCGCAUGUUAUGGUAUAUAAAACUUAUAUCUAAUCCCAACUUUUCUAUA